GACCCCAGUCAAAACUUAUUCAGUUGUGCCCAAUCAAUGCAGCUAGUCUCGAUCUGUAAACCCAGAAAAAGUAUUUCCGAAACAUUGUCUUUUUAAUUAAAUUAGAACUAUGACGCCGAUAAAAUGUUUGUUUGUGUUGAAGAACCGCAUUCCAAAUUAUCGUUUCACAAUUCAGUGGGUAGUGUCCACUGAUACCAACUACACGCACUUAAAGUUUUUGGUAUAGACAUCAAGAAAGGAAAAGUGCUGUAUAAUGAGGGCUAUAAGCUAUUCUCAUGUGCAGAAAUCACCUUAUGCACAUAAUUUUGUUCGUAAUAAGUAAAAUUCUGUAUGAUUGUGAGGGGUAUUUUGAGCAUGUCAUUUUAUUUCCUAUCUACCUAGGGAAAAUAAACUCCGAAGAGGUUAUGUAUGAGCAUUGAAUGUAUAAGUGGCUCCUAAAUUACACUUAAAUGAAAUAAAACAAGUGUGCACGCACCUUUUAUGUUUAAAGCAACAAUGACGCUAGAUUUCAAUAAAAUAUGUCGUCUGUGUCUGAUGCAACCAAGUGAAAGACUGUUACCACUCUUUCACCAAGAGGACAACCUCCCUGGCAAAGUUAUGACUUUGAUACCAGUCAUAAAGCUGUGUAUUGACGAUGGUCUACCAACCCAGGUGUGUUCUCAGUGUGUUCUACAGGUGAACGCAAGCUUUAACUUUAAGAUACAGUGUGAAACUGCCGAUGCCACACUCAAGCAGCUGGUUGGUUGCCAUCAAUCACAAAUAACUGUACAGGAAGAAAACAUGAAUGAUGGAUCCUGUUUGUUGACAACAGUAAAAGAAGAGAAUAUAAAGCCAGAGAUCACCUUUGAAGAUGACUUGCUUGUUGUAAAUCAUGCAGCCCUAGGGUUGUGUGAUGAAUUCAGUGGCUCAGACUUGUUGCCUGAUCCGCUGCUGACUGGCAUAAAUGAGGUGGAUACCAGAAGAAGUACUGUUCAUCAACGCCAUGACAUUAAAUCCAUGACAAGAAAGAAGACGAAAGCCAAACAGAAUUUUGUGUGUGAUGUUUGUGGGAAGAUUCUGAAAGUGAGAAAACAUCUCCUAAAUCACAUGCUAUCACAUACAGGCGAAAAACCUUUUUCUUGUGAUGUUUGUCUAAAAGCAUUUGCGUUGAAAGAAUGUCUCAAGAUUCACUCCAGAAUACACACUGGCGAGAAACCGUACUGCUGCGCAGACUGUGGUGUAUGUUUCACUCAGAAAAGUGGCCUUCUUACUCACAAAAAUACUCACACUGGUCACAGACCUUACUCAUGCAUUGACUGUGGGCUGAAAUUUGUGCGUCCCUCUCACCUACAGGCUCACAUGGUGCGUCAUACAGGUGAAAAGGCUUUUUCUUGUAGUCAGUGUAGCCGAGAAUUUGGACGAAGAGACUCUCUAAAGAAACACAUGCGGGUUCAUACAGGCCACAAACCCUACUUAUGUACAAUAUGCGGUAAACGUUUUGCACAGAGUCAGAACCUUAAAGUUCACAUUGCAACUCAUUCAGAAAAUAAACCAUUCAUUUGUUUAGAAUGUGGUAAAACUUUUGCCAACAAUGCUCGCUUAAAAGAUCACUUAACUGUUCAUUCUGGUAAAAGACCAUUUUCAUGUCAGCAUUGUGCCAAGGGUUUUGUGAGGAGAGAGCACCUUAAAUAUCACUUGAAUGCUGUACAUGGAAAGGAGCGAACAAGUUCAUGACCUCCACAGUUCAGCUCCUUAUUAUUGAUAUUUGUGAUGAAGAAAGCAGCUGUGAAGCUGGUUUCUUAUGGUUCUUCCAAAAUCCUUCAUAAUUCAUUCCAUCACUCUGGCUACUUUUCCCCUAUUCCAAAUAAUUUACAAUUAUAACCAUUAUCACAUCUCAUUUGAUACAGCAGCAUUGUACCUUUAUU